AUGGCGUCAAUGAGGGGAGUUUACUUUUUUUAUUUUCUCCUUGUUUCUCUUCUUUUGAUUCCCAAAUCCUUGUCUUCAUACUCAUAUGGGACAAGUCGUAAAGGCAAUGAAAAAGUGUUUCUUCCUCCACAAAUAGAUGAAAGCAAAUUAUCUGGACCAAGUCCUAAAGGUAAAGGACAUAGGCCUGGUGCUUUGGAUUCAAGUUCUGAAGGUAAUAAAUUUCUUCCCCCACAAUUAGAUGAAAGUAAAUUAUCAGGACCAAGUCCUAAAGGUAAAGGACAUAGGCCUGGUGCAUUGGAUUCGAGUUCUGAAGGUAAUGAAUUUCUUCCUCCACAAAUCGAUGAAAGUAAAUUAUCAGGACCAAGUCCUAAAGGUAAAGGACAUAGGCCUGGUGCAUUGGAAUUGAGCUCUGAAGGUAAUAAAUUUCUUCCUCCACAAAUUGAUGAAAGCAAAUUAUCAGGACCAAGUCCUAAAGGUAAAGGACAUAGGCCUGGUGAAUUGGGUUCGAGUUCAGAAGGUCAGCAAGACCCUCCGAAAACUGAAAUUUCUCAAAAAGCGUUUCUUCCUCCACAAAUAGAUGAAAGUAAAGUAUCAGGACCAAGUCCUAGAGGUAAAGGACAUAGACCUGGUGCAUAUAACAAAGUGGAAUUGGAUUCGAGUUCCGAAGAUAAUCAAGUCCCUCCGGAAACUGAAACUCCUCAAAAUCCAGAUGGUAAUGAUGAACAAUCUAACCAAGAUAAGCAGUCUGGGAUGAUCUCUAACGAUAAAGAAGAUUCAAAGGAUAGUACAGAAUCGGGGUCAAAUUCUCAAGAUCAAGAUGACACAAAGGAUAGUAAGGAAUCAGAGUCAAGUUUAAAAGAUAAUGAGGAGGAAAAUAAUAAAGAGGAGGAUAAUAAAAAUGAUGAAGAACAAAAGGAUAAAGAGCAGAAGGAUAAAAAUGAUAAAAAGGAGAAGGAAAAAGAGGAAAAAGAUGAAAAGAAGAAAGAAGAGAAGGAGAAAAAGGAUAAAGAGAAAAAAGAUAAAGAGGAGAAGAAGAAAAAAGAUAAAGAGGAAAAGGAGCAAAAGGAUAAAGAAGAGAAAGAUAAAAAGGAUAAAGAGAAGAAGGAUAAGGAGGAAAGGGAGAAGAAAGAAAAAGAGGAGAAGCAGAAGCAAAAAGAGCAAAAAGAUAUAGAGGCUAAAGAAAAAAAGGAUAAAGAGAAAAAGGAAAAAGAGGAUAAAGAGAAGGAUAAAGAAGAGAAGAAGAAGCAGGCUAAAGAGGAGAAAGAUAAAAAGGAUAGUAAGUAA